AGAUAUAUAUUCAUGCAUUCCAAAUUAAGAAUUGAUCCAUUCUAAACUAAAAAAUAUGGGGAGGGAGGGAGUCCCAGUGAUAGAUAUGCAAAAGAUUGAUCAGAUGGGUAAGGAAAUAGUGAAGGCGUGUGAGGAAUGGGGUUGCUUUCGGAUGGUCAACCAUGUUGUCCCAACCGAGCUCAUGGCGGAGAUGAAGGUGGUGGCUGCUUCACUCUUUGAUCUCCCUAGCGAGAUCAAGACACGUACGACUAGUUCUGUGCGUGGCAAGGGUUACAUUGGAUGUGACCCAAGAACUCCGUUCUUCGAGAGUUUUAGUAUUGAUGACAUUUCUUCUAUUGAUGAGUUUUGUGAUCAUCUUGCUAUUUCCCCUUCCCAAAGGGAGGUUAUAUACAAAUAUACGAAAGCUAUUCGUGAUCUUGCUGGAAUUCUCGGCCGUAAGAUGAAGGAAGGCAAUGGUUUAUCUGGGGAUCUUUUUGAUGAUCAAUGGUGUUACCAAUUUAGAAUGAACAAAUAUCACUACACAAGUGAAACCAUAGGGUUACCCGGAAUCCAUAUGCACUCCGACUCUACAUUUUUAACAAUUCUACUAGAGGACGACGUAAAUGGCCUUCAAAUAGUCGACAAUGACACUGGUGAAUUUGUUCCCGUAGAUCCUGUUCCUAAUUCACUCAUAGCCAAUGUCGGCGACAUUGGCAAGGCGUGGAGCAACGGACGGUUUUGCAGUGCAAAACAUAUAGAGUGGUGUUAUGAAGCCAAAACACGAUACACAAUACCUUUAUUUAUUUUGGGCCCGAAAGAUAAAAAGGUUGAAGCACCAUCUGAAUUCAUUGACUCGGAGCAUCCGCGUCGUUAUGUACCCAUUGAAUUUGAGGAAUACAAACAAUUUCGAAUGUCUUCAAAGUUAAGCACCGAUGAUGCCCUUGAUUUGUUUAGCAAAUCCGCGGCAUGAUUAUCUCACUAAGCAUAUGUAUCUUGAAAUAAUUAAUGUACUGUAAUUUUUAUAUGUAUAAGUUGUUGUUGAUCCCUUUCA